UUUUUUAAUGGUUUUAAACGCUAUCGUCGGUAUCAACGCGAGUAGUCGGUGUGAGCGAGAGGGCUCGUCAAAGUGCGAGCGGUCUCCCCCACCUCCCCCAAAAAAUAUAUAUGAAAAAAUAGCCGCGCCGGGAGGAGAAGCUCGAAUGGCGCCGAGCGAGAGGACGAGGCUGCCGAGUAUGCGGCGGCCUUUGUUGUAGCACCAGCCCCCGCGCAAGUCGGACAGUUUCUGCCUUCUACUGCCGCAGCUUCGCCUCUUGCUGGGUCCCCUUCCUUGCCGCCAUGUCGCAGGGCCAGAACUUCCUCCCCAAGUUCCUGUUCGUGUCCAAUCUGCUAAAAGCGGUGAAGAUCAGACAGCGGGUGCCUAACGAUGUGGUGAAGACGGCGGCCAGCGGCGGCCUCAUGCACCACCUGCGGGGCAUGCACCGCUACACGCUGGAGAUGAUUGCCAUGAACCACUUCCCGCAAGCCUUCCGGGAGGUGGUGCAGGCUGCCAUCUUGGACCGGGCCAUGCAGGCCUCACUGGAGCAGGAAAAGAAGCUCAACUGGUGCCGGGAGGUGAAGAAGAUGGUGCCCCUACGGACAAACGGAGACGGCAACUGUUUGCUGCAUGCUGCCUCCCAGUACAUGCUGGGUGUCCAGGACACGGACUUGGUCCUCCGGAAAGCCCUCCACGGAGUUUUAAAAGAGACAGACACUGGCGUCUUUCGGGCACGGUUCCAAGCAGAACUUCUGCACUCCCAAGAGUUCACCCAGACGGGCCUUCGAUACACCACCACGAACUGGGAGGACGAGUGGGAAAAGAUCAUAAAGAUGGCGUCUCCGGUGUCCAGUAGCAACGGCCUCCAGUUUGACUCGCUGGAGGACAUUCACAUCUUCAUCCUCUCCAACAUCCUCCGCAGACCCAUCAUCGUCAUCGCAGACCAGGUGCUGAGGAGUAUGAAAUCCGGUUCCUCCAUCUCCCCCCUCAACGUGGGAGGGAUUUAUCUCCCGCUGCACUGGCCGCCGGCUGAGUGCUACAAGUACCCCAUCGUGCUGGGCUAUGACUCGCAGCACUUUGCUCCCCUCAUCACCAUCAAAGACAGCGGCCCUGAAAUAAGAGCUGUGCCUCUGAUCAAUCCCGGACGAGGAGGCUUUGACGAGCUGAAGGUGCACUUCCUGAUGGAGAAGGAGCACCAGCAGAAGGAGAGGCUCCUCAAAGAUUACCUGCUGCUCAUCGAGAUCCCCGUCAUUGGAUUGGGAUGCGACGCCACGCGCAUCAUCAACGCCGCACGGUUGGACGAGGGCAACUUGCCCGAGGACAUGAACCUAAUGGAGGACUACCUGCAGCUGGUCAACCACGAGUACCAGCGCUGGCAGGAGGACAAAGAGCAAGCGUGGGCGGCCCAGCCCCAGCGCCCACCGCCCUUCUCCGUCUCGCAGCUCUCGCUAAUCGAGAUCCGCUGCGCCACACCGCGCUGCACCUUCUACGUGUCGGUGGACACGCAGCCGCACUGCCACGAAUGCUUCGAGAAACGCCAGGCCACCACUACCACCACCGGAACCAGGGUAGAAGGCCUGGUGCACACCAAGGGCGGCGGCUCGGACAGCAGCGAGGGCAGCUCCAGAGGUGGCCGGAGCGGCAGCCCGCUGUCCUCCUCGUCCAGCCGGGUGGUGGUGCUGUCCAGCCCGCGCUCGGCCCUGCCUCCCACCGCACCCAGCCUAAGCUUGUACAGUGAAACUCACGCCAUGAAGUGCAAAACCCCCGGCUGCCUCUUCACCCUCAGUGUGGAGCACGACGGACUCUGUGAGCGCUGCUUCAAUGCCAGACAGAACCAGGCACUGCCUGGAGCUGGAACGGGACCUGGAGCCGGAACGGGCCCAGAUGCCGUAGCCCCUCACACAGUUGCUGCACAGGGUCCUGGGUGGAACCAGUGGGGUGCCCGUGAGGUGGAGACGGAGCGCUGCAGCAUGUGCAGGCAGGAAGCGUUUAGGAUAUUCAACGGGCUAUGUCCACCCUGCAUGCAGAGUCAGCAGGCUCCAGAAGGGGGUGAGCCGCAGCCCAGCAAGCCAAGGACUGAGGCUUCGUCUUCGGCUUGGAGCCAGUUGAGGGACCGUGAGCGGCCGUGCCUCACCCUGACGCCGGGGCACGCCUCCGCCUGGCAGGCCCCGCUUGCUCGGUCCUGUAAAAGAUCCGGUUGCCAGUUCUUUGGGACGCCGGAGAAGUUGGGUUUCUGCACUAUUUGCUACGUAGACUAUCAGACCAACCACCAUCUGACACCUCCCCCCCCAGCCCCGGCACAGGGCCGGCACGGUGUGGAGGCCAGCUUCCAGAACGCCACGCGGUGUCGGGGGCCGGGCUGCGGCGCGGUGGGCAAGGCCAUGCUGGAAGGCUACUGCGACAAAUGCUAUGUCAAAGAGCAAAGCGCACGACUCAACCAAGUGGCGCAUCGCACGCCAGACUCCCCUCCUCCUGUCGUGCGUGAGCGAGCCACCAAACCCAGAUCCACGCAGCAGUCGCAGACACAAACGCAGACCCAGUGCCGGCGGAGUGGCUGCAGCAACGUAUCUCCGGGCUGCACGGACCUCUGCCCCGAGUGUCACACGCGGGGCCAGGGCCGGGACGCCGGCCGGCGGGCGCAGGCGCCCAAGGAGAAAUCCAAGCAGCGGUGCCGGACGCAGGGCUGCGACCACUACGCAAACCAGGAGAAACAGGGCUACUGCAACGAGUGCGACCACUUCAAACAGAUCUACCGCGGCUGAACGCCAGCCCCUCUCGCCUACUAACCAACUAACUAACUAGCUAGUGACUAACUAGUAACCUUAUGGCCUGAAAAUCACCCCCCCACCCCCGCCCCCAAAUCCUGUAACAUAAUUUCCUCCCCUGUGUAGAAUGUGAAGAGAGAGCGCGUGUGUGCACAUGGGGGGAUAAGCGAAAAUGUGUGUGUGUGUGUGUGUGCGUGUGCGUGUGUGUGUGUGUGUGUGCGCGCAGAGUUGACAUGGCCUCCACAAUACCUCUUUGUGCAGUCAUGACCAUCUGACAAGCUGUGGCCACACAUGUACAAAAUGUAUUUAGAGGUACUUGCCCACUCGUGCCGGACGCAAUGAUUGUAUGUCAACCGGAAGCAUCCGAUUUUUUUAUUUUUGCUUUCUAGACCAGUGUUUCCCAACCUGUAUUAAGCCAAGCCACAUACAGUAGUUUACAUUAGAAAAAUGCCACGCCACACUACCAAACAAAAAUGUCACUAAAAAGCAUACAGAAAAGCGUUAACAGGGAACUGAGCCCCGCCGUUAAUAGUGAAAACCUGCAAGUAAUCAACGCCCCCCACACCAAUUUUUUUUUAAAAUUGCCAAUAGAGGCCACAAAUUGGUGACAAAGCGCUACUUUUGUCAAGUACUUUUGUCAUCAACUCACGUCAACAUAGUUCCAUGGCACAAGAUGCAAUAAGAUAAUGCCAAGAGCAAAAAAAACUAUGAAAAGAUGAGUUUUUCAGGAAUAAUGGAGGAUAAGUACCCUCCCAAAAAAUGCAAAUAGGUGAAUCCUCAAGUCACAAAUAUGCAUGGGAACACUGUAAACCGAGCCCUGCCAUGAAUAGCCAAACAUUGCAUGUAAUUUGCAGCCUCCCUCAAGUUUUUUAAAUGUAUAAUUGUGUAAAUUUGUGUAAACCGUAAAUAUAUGAAAAACUAUGAUCCAAAAACCUUCAGAUCAUUUCAAGCACAUUUUACAUUACCGUUAUCUCGUGUACAUGCACAUGCAGCAGACUCUCCUUAACAACACAGACUAAACUUGGCUCCUUCCUAACAUAACAAAGUUUAUCUCUAGUUUGAGACGCCACUUCGACAUACUUUCUUGACACUUCUAUCAGUACAAUUAGCCAGGGCUUUUCCACCAUCUUGUGGCAUUUUAGGGCAUUACAGAAAGAUGAACAAAGCUACAUUAUUUGUAUAUAAUAAAUAUACAUUUUCGGACAGAUUAAGUGAAAUUGGAUAAAACACUAAUGUCCCAUAGUGGUUGGGAAUCACUGUUCUAGACCACAGCCAAGGAUUUCUAGCCCUCGUUUGUCUGUCUGUCCAUCUGUCUGUCUCGACGCAUCCGUCAGUGCCUGUCUGUCUUAGUAUUUUUUCUCCAAGGUAUGAGAGAUAGAGUGGUGGAGUUGUGACCAAUCAAAAUGGUCCCUGUCCCUCCAAAUUCAAAUGCUUCAAUGUUCUUGCCCCCCCCCCAAAAAAUGGACUUAUAAUUAGUACGGUGUGAUUGCAUCAUACACAAGUCAUUUGAGGGAAAUCCGCCUCUGUAUUAUGUUAACGUCACGUAUGCUAAAUGAGUAGAUGUGUGUCCAAACGUGCAUGGGAUUGUUUUGUGGGGAAAAAGUAUAUUUUCCAGCGUUUAGGGUCCCCAGAAAUGCACUUUUUUAAGAACACGCUGACCAGGGUAGAGACUUGCAAAAAAGUGUCUUGUCUCCUUUGUAUGAUGUCACAUUUAAGGGACGGGCAUGCCACUAAGGCUGCGUUCAAACUCUUUCACUCUCUCACUACUCUCUACUCCCCAUGUAGGGUUGCACUCUAUAGUGAGCUCAUUCAUAACAGCUUUUGGACACUACACGGAACUCUGUUAAUGACGUCACCGUUGUCGCACAAUUGCAAAGUAGGCUGUUGCGGUUGUUUAAAAAGAGAGAAAAAAAAGAUUGCUGCAUUAGUUCAACAUACUGUUACUGUACAUUCCUAUAAAAUUUAGGGUGAUGAAUUUGAUCACUCAGCAUUCGGACACCUCUACAAAAUGGCGUAACUACUAUAUAGUGCACUAUAAAGUGGUUAGUGAGUGAUUUCGGACACAGCAUAAGUCUACUAUCAAUUAAUUGUUGGAUUAUUAUUUGUUUUGAAUUCCUCUUUCGUAGCUCAAUUUUCUCAUAGCUAUUUAUGGUGAUAACUAAAAAGAACAAGAAAUACUGUGAGAAUAAAGUCGUAAUCUUACAAUCACAAUGUAUAUUUUUUUAGGGGAAUUUUGUUUUUAUUUUGCAAAAAGUAGUUGUAAAAUUGCAAUCUUAAAAUUGUCAAGUUGCAGUCUAGCUAGUCUGAAUUUUAUGAUAAUAAAGCCACUUUUUUUUCAAAGAAUAAAAUUGCAAUCAUGCAUGAAUAGUAUUUUUUUUUAGAACAAAGUCAUAAUCUCGCACAAACAAAGCGAGCGUAAACUAUCAACAAUAUUUUCUUUUUUUUUUUACAGAAAAUCGUACUUUUACAAAAAUAAAUUAUUAAUAAAUAAUAAAAUUUUCUGAGAAUAAUGUUGGAAUUUUACAAGAAUAAAGUGAUGAUCAUGUGAGUGUAAAGUUGUAACUUUAGUAGAAGAAAAAGUCAUCUUACAAGAAUGAAGUUAAUUUUUUGGGAAAAUCAAGUCAGACUCUUAAGAGAAUAAAGUUGUAAUCUCAUGCCAAUUUUUCUCAAAUACAUUUGUAUUUUCAUAAAUAAUAUCAAAAUUUGCUUUUUUUCCUCAAAAAGAAAGACUUCUCAUAAGAAUUUCUCUUUGAAAAAAUAUAACGUUUAAUAAAAUGACUACUUUAAUAUUGUAAGAUUAUGACUUUGACAUAAAGCAUUAUAUGUUUCUCAAAAUAUUAAGACUUCUCGAAACAGGAUUUUUUUCUUGGAAAAAAUACGACUUGUUAUGAGUUUCUUUUUUUUUUUUAAAUUGUGACUUUAUUUUUGUGAGAUUUACAUUUUUCUAAAGCAAGACAAAAAGAUUUCUCAUAAGACUACAACUUUUUAACUAAAAAAAAUACAUUAUUUAAAAAAAAAUGCAAAUUUAACACUUUUCCCUUAUAUUACGACUUUCUCCUCAUCAUCUUCCCUCAAAAGAACUCUUUAUGUUGAGCGACUACUAUGCCCGUCCCUCCUCACAUGAUCUCCUUUUAAAAACUUCAACUUCAUUUGAUCUCUUUUUAUUUUGUGCCAUGCCAGGGAGUUUCCCACUGUUAUACUUAAGUUUUAUGCUGAGAUUUAUUCCAAAUGCACUUAGUGUGGAAAAUGGUGGAAAAUAUACUUUUUUACCUUUUUUUUUUUUUUUUUUUUUAAUUUUUAUUAUUCCCAUGUAUGUGUGGCCUUAACUCUAUGUUUAAUAUUAAAGAGUGCAAGACAGACAGGGCAGGGCCCUGUUGGAUGUGGUGAUACAUGCACAGAGAGCCUCUCCACUGUAGCCAGUGGAGACUCCAUUCAGCAUUUACGUUCUAGCUUUUUUAAACCCCGACUUAAAACAGAUCAGUUGCCUUGAUGUUGUUUUUUUGCCUGUUUACGGACUACUUAAGCACCUAUACGCAGGCCGUAUCCACACACAAACACACGCGCACACACACAACCCUUCGAUUGCCUGCUUGGUCCGGCACAAUGUAUCUGAAUGUGUUUGUGCUGCUGCUGUAACAGCACAGUAUUGUAUUGGGGCUGAUCCUCCAGAAGUUUUGCCUUUACGACGGACCAGAGGGGCCUGAUCCCCAGAUCAGUGCUCCCACUUAUUAUUAUUAAUAUUUCUAUAACCCUCCUGUUACGUCAUGGAUAAUUAAAUACAAAGUUCACAAGCCUCAUUUGUGAGAGGUAAUGCCCUGAAUAGGGAUAGUAAUGAAAUAUAAACCAUGGAACUUUUUACCGUUUCUCACAUCAUUACACACGCCCCGGGUCAAAUUGAUCCAGGAACAAGCUUGCUUUUUCCUGAGAAACGCACCUAACAGGAGGGUUAAAUUGCAUUUGUGAAUAUGGAUCUGGGUCCGUGCUGUAGGACCUUCUGACCUGAUGCCUCAUCUUUAAAACACACACACACUGAAAAGACACACGUACGUCUCAAAACUGACAUUCCUAUUUUAUUUUUUUACUAGGGAAUUUUGGUUUUGUUUUGGUUGGUUCCAGAUGUAUUUUAAUAAUAGCUUUGGUUUCCUUUUUUGGUGUUGCUUUUAUUGCCAAAAUAAUGUACAUGUGCCAUAAAGCGCCAAGCGGUUGUUGUUAUACCUCCUUAAAAAUGGCCGCCUCAGACAAGAUCAUCGCAGUGCACUUUGUUUGAUACAGUGGAACGCCCCAAAGUCCAACACUCCAAAGGUCAAAUAAUUAGAAUGAAUAGAUUUUUUUUAGUGGUGGUUGCAUUUUUGAACAUUUUCUUUCCUUCUUGUAAUGUUUAUGAAUGCUAAUGUGAAUAGCAAAUAUCUAAAACUAUGAUGCCUAAAAGGGCUUUAAAAAAUGUAAAUUAAGAGUUUAAAACGUUUGAUCAAAGUAACCCUAAAAGUAUUAAAUAUGACUCAAUAAAUGUUACACUAAUCAUUUUACAAAGCAAAUGCUAGCAUAGAUAGCAUAGUGACUAACAACUAGCUUGAAAAUGACCAGUGAAGCAUGCAAAUUCACAGUACAGUUUUUUUACGGGUGAUGAGUACUUUUGACUUUUUUUGUGUUUGUUUUAAACAUUUCUGUGUAUUUUCUUAAUGUACAAAUUGAAAACGAUGCAAUUUUUGCUCAACGAACCCUACAAAAUCCUUUAGACUCUUUUAAUUAAUUACAUCUAAAUUGCAUUCAGAAUAAUAAUUUUCCCAAGCAGAUGCGAACAUAGAUUGCAUCGAGGGUAACAACUAGUGUGAAAAUGACUAGAGAAACAUUUGACAACAUUAAUGCGUAUUUUCUUUACAAGGAAUAAUUUGUCACAUUUUGUUCAAACGGGGUCCUGAAAAUGUGGUCGAAGUGGCUUAAAAAGUCUAGAAUUUGUCUCAAAGAAUGAAAUGUCAUUUGCAAUCAUAAUAUGACCAAGCAGAAGCUAACUUAAAAGAAAAAUCGCUUUGGGAAUGGAUUGCGUUUGACUUUGGAGGUUCCACUGUGUCCCCGCAAAGAGUCCAGUAUGUCCAUGUGCGCGCCAAGUCUGCCUUCACGUUCAAGUUUAGUGUGCGUACACUAUAGAUCUCCAUGUGCUUUAAUGGCCUCCAGACCCACCUUAAUCCAACGAAGGUCAACGAUUGUGAGAGAAAAAAGGACUUAACGCUUAGGGACGUGUAACAAAACAUGCAAGUUUUUCUUUGUAGGACCUUUCCACAUUGGAGUAUUGUAUGGAGAGAGAGAAGGAAAAAAUUGUUUUAUUUGUUAAGUAUUUAUUCAUAUCAAGAUAUCUGUAUUGUGUGAUUCAAUAAUUAUUUAUAUGUUGUCCUGAAAUGAAUUAUUUUUAUUAAGAAAUCAGAA